CUGUUAUCCAUUACACCAAGCUGGUUCUCAUAGCAGAUUGGUGCUUUCUCGAUUAUUCAGCGGACUGCCAUCUCAGUUACACACACUCAUCUCCCCUUUGCUCCUCUGCGGUGCUUCUGUCGGCUCCGGAGACUCGGCACCAUGCAGGGCGAAGGAGGCUGAUGCCGAGCGGCGUCUUGCAAGGGCUUGCUCGUCUGCUGGCCCGUCGCCUGCACUGGAUCACUGGGAUACUCACCAGCGGGUUUGGCAGCAAGUCUGAAAAGACUCCGUCCUAGCCAGAGAACAAGUUGUAGAAUGGCACUGAAAACAGAUUUUGGGAUUGACCUCAGGAGUGCCUGAAUUGAGCCUUGCCCAGGGCUUAAUCUGAGCUGGGAUUUACCAGGACUCAACAUUGCAUCCUGUUCUUAAAGCAAAGGCACCAGCCCAGCAUAUGUGAAAUAAGAUUAGCCAGAGUGUUAAGCUUGCAACAACGUGCGCCAGCCUGGCUGGCAGGCACAAGAUACCGUGGGAAAAUCAGUCACCAUCAUGUUGUCUCUGAGUGGAGGCUACUGGUGGAGAAAUACACUUUCUGCAAGAUGGAGAGAAGCUAGCCUGCUUGCCUGUUGGCUUUCAUUUUGUGCAGCUGAGUCUCUCACCAUUUGCCCUUCCUCCUGCAAGUGCAACAGUGGCACUCUGGAAGUGGACUGUAGUGGUUUGGGCCUUUCAUUCAUCCCUGCGGACAUUCCUACAAAUACCAGGACCUUUCUUUUCCUCAACAACCAACUAAGCACCUUACCAGGACAAGCUUUUUCCAAUCUUUCUGCUCUCCGGAGACUGGAUCUUUCAAACAACUUCUUGGACCAGCUUCCCGAGAAUGCCUUCAGGGACUUAGUGAACCUCACUGAACUACAAUUGAGGAACAAUAGCAUCAGGAGCUUAGACAAAGAUCUUCUCCAAAACACUGCUCUUUUGCAUCAACUAGACUUAUCAAUCAAUGGCAUUGCUCAAAUCCCUUCUGGCAUCUUCGAUGAUCUAUCCUCUCUCCGCUGGCUCUCCCUCAGGUCAAACCGCCUGCAAAAUUUGGACAGGGUGACCUUUGAGCCAUUAGUUAGCUUGCAGCAGUUGCAAGUGGGUGACAAUCCCUGGGAAUGUGACUGCAACCUGAGAGAUUUCAAAUACUGGAUGGAAUGGUUCUCUUAUCGAGGAGGAAAGAUAGACCAGCUGGCAUGUACCCUGCCUAAGGAGCUGCGGGGGAAGGAUAUGCGCAUGGUGCCCAUGGAGAUGUUUAACUACUGUUCCCAGCUCGAGGAUGAGAACAGCUCUACAGUUCUGGACAAUGUUGGUCCUCCUUGCAGUAAGGGAAGCACAACAUCUGCCAAGGCUAAAACCAGCCUAGAAGGCCAAGAAGAGGAGCCCAGUGUGGGUUGCCCCCAGAAACAAAGAUACAGACCUGUCAGCGUGCGCAGGGCCAUUGGCACAGUCAUCAUAGCUGGGGUGGUUUGCGGCAUUGUGUGCAUCAUGAUGGUAGUGGCAGCAGCCUAUGGCUGUAUCUAUGCAUCACUCAUGGCUAAGUACCACCGGGAACUGAAGAAGAGGCAGCCAUUGAUGGGAGACACAGAAGGUGAGCAUGAGGAACAGAAGCAGAUCUCUUCAGUGGCAUGACUCCCCUAUUGGAAACUGGUGACAGAAGGAAACAGGACACGGGAGAGUCUUGAGCCCCCCACAGAUCUUCUCAGACAUGCAAACAUAAUGUGUGGCUGUUCCAUUCACCAAAUUAGUGAAAUGUGCUUCUGAGUCCAGGCAGCCGCCUCCAGUGUCCGUUCCUCUCCUUCCCUUUGCCCUCAUGUACUUCCAAGCAAAUAAACUGUAGUCAGACCUCAAGUGCUCAUCAUUUCUCCUCUUUGCACAAAACUCUACACUGAUGCUCAAACGUAGGGAACCCAAGCCAACCUGGCACCUUCUCCCCUCUCUCCUGCACAACACAAGUGCUUUGCACAUUCCCAUAGCAUCAGAGAAACUUCUUGCAAACAGAAUAAAUAGCCAAAGGAACAAAGACAACCCCACUGGUUGAGUCUAAACUUCACUGAGGGGGUUAAUGACACCUCUGCUCUUCCCUGUCAUCAGUACAAGAAAUCCACUUCACAACUACUCCAGGACUGACACAAGGCCAGUACUGAGUACAUGAUAGACAUGGAGAACUUCCAGAUUGUAAUAACAAGAACAGAAUAAAUAUUCCUUAAAUUGAAAACAUGUUGAGUACACUCACUCUGGCAUGUACCCACCUUACAUAAUUAAGGGUGCAGACAAAUAGAUCUACUAACACGGGCUGAUCACCCAUAUAUACAUGUAUACAAACUUAUGCCUCUACACACUGCCGUUUCUUUGCAUACCAUCUGCACAUUGCCAUUUGUAGCAAACUAAAAAAAUGUGCCAGUUGCCUCCUGGUAUGGCUGAUAACUUAUAAUCUCUGCAAGGAAGAGUCUUAGAAACAUGUGAAAAAAGAAGGAUAUUAAGGGGAUGGUGGAUAGGUCACCAUUACUAAAAGGGCAGUUACUUUCUGAAGGCUAAUGUGCCACCUCAGACAGGGAGAAAUGUUUAUUUUGAUGAUAUUAGAGAAUUAAUCUGGAAGGCUCUUAUGGCCUUUGUGGCAAAGUGAAUCUCCAGGAGGGAUUUAAGGGAACAACAGCCUGUCUGAUCUCCUUAGAAUAUUUUCAGAUUGGGGGUGGGUGGUGGGGGGAGGGGAAGAGCAUGGAUAUGGUUGGAACAAAGUUAGUCAAACGAGAGACCAGGAUCAUUAUUGCAGCCAUGUGGAGAUGUACAUACAUAUGCAGUACGGCUCAGACAGGGAAGGCUGGGGGAAAUGAUACAGAGUUAUGAAUGAGGAAGCAAAGAAUUCUGUGUAAAAUGUAGGGGAAAGGAGUGGCAGUUCAGGAAUCUAAAACUGUUGAUCAGCUACUGCUGCAAACACCCUCUUUAGAGAUGCAGGUUUGUGCAUCACUUGCGCCCAUAUGUGCAUGCAGAGCAACUAACCAAGGUUCCUACUAAAAUAAGAGUCUUAGCAUCGAAGUGUUAAGUUUGAUAGCUCAACACAGAUACCCAUGGGUCUGCAUCCCACCCUUUAAAUGAAUGGUUACUCAAGCUCCCUUUACCCAAUCUGGUUUUUAAACCAUGCAGCAUCUCACAGUAGCAUCAUCUUUUUUUAAACUGAUGGGAGGAGGGGAGCCAACAUAAGGACUCAUUUUAUAUCAAGGAAAGUGGGAUAAAGUGCUGUCUCCAGGGGAGAGCACAUAUCGCCAUGGUAACCUGCUCUAGCCCAUCACAGCGGGUAUUCCUGGGAUAGGAAGAUGACACAAGAGGUCGUGCAGCCGCAGUUUUUGUGGAUACUGUGAUCCUUGCUGUAAUGAAACAACUUGGCAGCUGGCCCAGAUUCUUGGGUAUUUCGCCAGCAACUCAGGAGCAGAACCCAGCAAUCACCUUAGCUGGGCAUGGAUCAGGUCAUCAGAGUUCUUCCUUCUUCUGUUGUAUUUUGAAGCUUUUAAGAUGAUAUUUCUUUAGCUGCUGAAUUUUCAAAUGGAAACAAUGCUCACUUUCUUUUAAUUCCACCACACCUUCCAAUCCCUUGUCGCCGAAAAGGAGCACUGUGAAGGACGCAAGAUUACAUCUAGUAGCAGCAGUUCCAGCUUCCUUUGUCCUAGCAAAGAACGACUGCAUCCAGAGGGAUGGAAUAUGCUUCACAGAGAGAUGCUGGGGCAGAAACAAAUUCCCAUGGAGGAUUAGAGAGGCCACUGAGGAAUAGGCAUCUGGCAGUCAUUUCAAACACAGCUUAAUGCAUCAAAUGCACAAACACAGCUAUCAAGGCAAGGAACAAAUCUCAAAACCGAAGGACAGACUGUGCACCAGGUGUGCAUUGUAGUUCUUCCAAUGCACCCAACUCAACUCCAGCUAUAUCCCAGACUGAUGGGUCAAACUGGACUACUGAAAAACUCCAGCAACUAUGUGUGUGUUGCUUCCUACUAUGUAUACUCAGCAAACCACCACUAGCACUCUGUCUACUGGAUAUGUUAUUCCAACCUUACUAGCUCUAUAAUCUUCCCAAAGGAACUUACCUCCGUAAGAUAUUGGACAGCACAAUCAUACUUGAAAUGGGACUUGUGUCAGAGCUGUAUAUUUAUAGAUCUCUAUUUUACUUGCAAGAAAUAAUGACAUGAUUGCACAAAGUAAACGAUGUAUAAUGUGUGUUUAGGGGAUGAGAAGCACCGGGGAGUAAAAAUUAACCCUCUUCUCUAUCCCAUCCCCUAAUCCCACCCUGAGUAGGUUUCCUUUUGUUGCCAAUGACAGUUCCCAUUUUCCAUGGUGUUGUGAGUUUAAUUACAACCUUAAACUUUGUUUGUUCUGAUUUUUCCAUUGAUAUGGCACAGGAUUGCCCGUGAUACUUCCACACCUAAAAUCCUGCCCUGAAAAUGGGAAGUAAGUGAAGGGAGAGAGAAGCUGGUUAAGAAAAAUGGGACAGUAGUAAUCAUGAUUGUUGGAGACUGGUUGAUCCCAAAGAAACUGGAGUAUUUGGGAAUAUACUGGGUUAGUGAGAGUAAGAAGCUAAUGCAAUAAGCCAAUAUGGAAAAUGUCCUCUGUUUACUGAGAAACUGUGCCUUCAGCCGUUAUAAAGUGAUAAGAAUUUUUUAACAAGGAUCUUGGAACUUCUAGCCCCCCCCCCCCCCCCCCCCAUGUAUAAAAACAUCAACAACAAGGCAAGCGGGAAACUUGCAGUUCAUCAUCUUUCAGUCAUUUAAAGCAGGCCAAGCUCUAUGCUGAGAGAACUGGGAUUUAAACUGUCCUGCUGACAGUAGCAGAUGCUGUAGCUGUGGAUUUCAGGGGAUCGAAAGAAAAGUCUGGAUAGACGGAAUUUAUAUUACUUAUUCUAUUUAAAAGGAGGUUUGUCAGUUAAAAAAAAACAUUUUAGACUGUUCAAGUGAAGCCGGGCAAAUAUAUAACUUACCAAUAGUGCUUUUCAGCAGAAUCAAUAUACUUCUGCAAGACAGAAAUUGGCUUGCAUGGCAGUGCUGAAUUUUCCACGUACGAGAUCAAAAUACUACCAGAGAUGUGUGGCUGUGUAAAUGUUACGUUAAAAGAGAUUAUUCAGGAGUUUGAUUAUAUGCUACCAGGGAUAGAAUUUGUCUGUAAAAGUCCAUGGAGUGUUUUCACCAAUGGCACAAAGAACACACAGUUCUAGUUUGUGUGGUUGUGUAAUCCUAAGAAGAAUUCUAUUGUUCUUUACCCAUUGAUUUCAAUGCAGUGGUGUAGCGCCAAGGGGGUGGGGCAGGGCGGGAUGGGGCGUGGUGCACCAAGUGCACGCCGGGACAGGACAGGGGCGCAGGGCACAUGCAUGCCUCGGGUACAAUUCCCCCCUGCUCCGGCCCUGCUUCAAUGGAAUUAGAAGGGUGCAGUUCCGUUUAGGAUUGCACCGGAUUACACUUGUGAAUGUGAUUGUUGUGAUGUAUAAUAUGGAGCACAGUCCUUAGGUAUGGAUGUUCCGAACUAUUUAACUAUCAAAUGGCUUAAUUUCAAUAACCUCCCCAAAGCUUGUUUCUCAGUAUAAGCAGAUGAGAUUUUGAAAACAUAUGCAUGACAGCCAUCACUAAAAAAAACAGAACAGCCUGGUUCUCCAUAUAGGCUUAAUCUGUACCAAUCAACAAGAUUGGAAGAUGAUUAGAAGCAUGAAAAUGCUGCAAUGUGAGCAUUCAUAAAACAUGUGCUUGUGACAUCAUUGCACAAAAUGUACAUGCAUGGAAUUUAAACAGAAAUAUCUGCAUCAACUGUUACAAAAAUCCCUUACUGUGCUCCGGGCAACCAACUUUUUCUGGCUAUCAGACACAGGCAACAAAGAUGUAAUGAGAGGCUCCCCCUAAAAAAGUAGAUCUUUGGUGGCAAUCUGAUUCCAUCAAUAAAAGUAUGCACAGACAGGAGAAACGCACUCUUUGCUCCACAGGUCAAAGCUGUAACAAGAAAAAUGCACUUGGUUCCGUCAGAAAACUAAGGUAGGCACAGUUGGCGGGAGGGGAGGACAGAUGGCACAAGCAAUCUUUUUCUUUUCUUUCUAUUAGGUAUAUUAGAGUUUAAGGGAGAGCAACAAGAUUAAAAAAAACAGCUGAAGGUAUAUUAUAUUUCUGGCUUGUUGUUUUAGAAGAAUAAUAAAGAAUGUAUUUUCCUAAACA